GAUGAAAUGGAUUGAGAUACAAAAAUUUGAAGUCCACCGGAAAAUAUAUCUUAUUUUCAAAAGGUAAGACAAAACCACCACCGCCACCGUGGCCCACAAAAUUGGAUGGUUCUCUCUACCAUCUCCCACCAUCCUAUUACCACCCACUUUCUUGCCUUCUUCUCCCUCAAAACACACACACAUACACAUACAUACACACCAUUUUUAUCACAUUUCUCUCUGAAAAAAAAUAAAAUAAAUAAAAACUACGAUCAAUGGAUCAAACAUCCCCCAAAUCUCCAUCGCCACCACAAACACGGCCGUUGUUCAGGCCACCAGUUCCGACGGCAGUUACUCCUACUCCUCUUAUUAUACCGAAGGUUUUCAAAUACCCAGAAAUGUAUACGAGUCCUACUGAUUUGAUCAUGUCCCCUGUUUCAAAGGUCAUACUUGCAAGAACCACGUCCAAGAAGUCAUCUCUCCCGUUACUAAAUUCGUCUACUACAAAUAAAGAACAACACAAGGUACGAUAUUAUCAUGCGUACUCAAUUACUCAUCAUCUUUGUAGAUUUUAUGGUCAUAUUAACUUCGUCAAAGUUAAACAAGCUAAACCCUAAUAAUAUGUAUUUUUUGUACACGGUUUUUUUUUCGUCAAAGUUACACAAGGUACAAUAUUUUCAUGUACACGGUUUUUUUUUUCGUUGUGUUUUUUCUUUUAAAAUUGAUAGUCCAAUAUCCAUCUGCGAAAAAUGGUUAAGUGGAUGAUGGUGUUUCAUUUGAUAUUUUUGGCCCAAUAGAAUUCAACCCUAAACCCAAAUAAUAUGUAUUUUUUGAAAGGGUAG